AAGACAUCAAUCUCACUCGAUAGACACCAGGAUCGAUGAGAAUGAUAGUCUGAACGUUUUGCUGAAGGAUCUUUAGUUCUGCAGUCCAGUUUCCGUCAUGAUUGCUGUCAAAAUUUUGAUGGUGGCAGGCCUUUUUAUCAUAGGUCCAGAUUUGUGCCAGCCCAUGAAACCUCAUACUUCAGUUGAAACCGGAACGAGAUAUCCAAGUCCAUCUCCAAGUCUAGACCAACGCACCCAUAAACACUCGUUAUCUCCUCCAACUCAACUUCCUUCAUCAUCUCUAACAGGAGAGGGGACGAAUCAUAGAACAUCGAAAGGAUCACACGUGGUGCAUACGGAUAACCAUAACCUGCAUACAGUCUCACUCCCAGGGAAUGGCGCAAUGCCGAAACCUGAAAUAGAGUCUGGUCUCAAAUCGCCAAGAAAGGGAAGUGUUUCUCCGGAAAAAAGACCUUUAUUGUCAAACGGGAAGACAGCAAUUACAACAGGAGGAAAACCUUCGAAACACAGGUUUGGCUUCAUAACAACAGGAUUCACAGCCCGUAACCGUGCAAAUGCUGAUGGGAAUGGAGAAGAGCCCUCAGAAAAAACGCCUUUAUUAUCUAAAGAAUCGUGGGACUCAACAGGAAGUACAGACUCGACCUCGAGGCCGAAACUCCCUAAGGGGAAAGGGUCUUCUGUAAGAACAUUCAGGCCACCACCAGAGUUUCAACAGGACUCUACUGCCUCCAAACCUGAACUGCCCAAGCCUAAGUUGCCCGAGCCAGAGUUGCCAAAGUCUAAAGUGCCCAACCCUAAACUUCCCAUGCCAAAAUUGCAAAAGCAAGAAAUCGCGGCAACCUCCAUGGUAGAUCACGGCCCAGAUAUGUCAUCGGAGGGAUCAGAAACGGACGAACUAACACCUGAGGAAAUCGAGAAAGAGCAACAGAAGCAGUUUAGACGGGAAUGCAUCGAGGAAUGCGCGAAAAAAGAUGGAUACAUUAAAGUACCUGCAAUGGUUGUCGGAGGUGGUGACAAUAUGGUCAAGACACAUUUCCUCACGGGGAAAACAACAGACCGAGGCAAAGGCAUGAGGCCAAAGUGUGAAUGCGUUUACAACAGCGCGAUAACUUGGUUCUUGAACCAGAGGGAAAAAGUAGCGAAGAAGGGGGAUGCUUUCCAAAAAAAGUACGAGAGUAACCCAAAAAGGGCCGCGGAAUGGUUGAAGAAGCAGGGUUUCGAAGUCCACUACUAUCCUGCCAAUUGACCACGUUCCAGUGAUCGUCCAUGGUAAAGGGGAUCCUGGAUUAAGAGGAGAAGCCGCCAACAACUCCAGCGGACUGAUUAUUGAAAUUGAUAGACAAAGCUAUAGACAAAGAAGACAUGGGGGGUAUGGAGCGAUCCUAUCGGUUGAAAUGUGUGGUUCUUAUAGACUAAGGGAGAAAAUGAUAGACUAACUGUCGGGUUUCUCGUGGGUUGCCGUUAGUUAGUCUAUUCCUGCUGCCUUUGUCCAUUGUAACCACCAGCUUCCACCGAUAGGUUCCUUCCAUAUAGCUUUUGUCAUCUUUGUCUAUGGCUUCGUCUAUCAAUUUCAAUAAUCGGCCCGUAGGUAUGGCCUGGGGUAACUUUAUAGAGAGAGUAUGCUGCCGUGUUAAGGAAGGACGCCGUAUGAGCCACCAGGCGUUGCCAAAUUUCCCUAGUCAAAUCACGGAUUUUCAGGAAAAUCUGUGGUUAAAUCUCCUUCAAUUUUUAACAGGAUUUCGUUCGUAGUUUGAUGUAAAAAGGCUGCGAAUUUCAAGGAAUAAAAUUCACAACUUUCCUCAAAAAUAGAUAUUUCAUCGGAGGAAAUUUGGCAACUCUCGAAUGUUCAUGCGGCGUUCUUAUCCUUAGCACGGUAGUGUAGCAGUGCUCCCAUUCAAUGUCCGUCAAAAAUUCCGGGAUGCGGAACUUUUUUGUCCCAAUUUCUCCCACUCCAUGACCGUCAAAAAUUCCGGAAUUCCUUUUAGAUUUUUCCAAAAGUUCCGAGAAAGCUACGGAUAAUGCAAAAGAUCCGGUAUAUUUCGAAAAUUUCAAAAGUUCGGGGACAAAUUCAAGAAAAGCUCUAAAAUUCGGAUAUUCAGUACCCCUGUACAGACCCUUCAGACCCCCCUGUGGACCCUUCAGACCCCCCCGUGGACCCUUCUGACCCCCCUGUGGACCCUCUUGGCCCUUUUGUGAAUCCCAAUUGACAAUAAGCCGCUUUUUGAGCAACCAAGUCGCCCAAGUGUGAAUAUCCUGCGGGUUCUCCUUAAAUGCCGACUGAAAUUCGGAGAAUUCGUCGGUAUCCAACAAAAAUCUGUUUGAGACCGCCGCGCGCCGUUGGCUCUGCACUUGCAUAUCUCCCUAAAUCCGCUAUCACUUAUGACCCCAACCGCGAUGGGUACAGUGCCGGUUCUGUUGUUGAUGUCAACAACAGGUUGGGGCCAUAGGGAGGAAUUGAGAGGUCGAAGGGGAAAGGGGCUUACGACGGUGUAAGUCGGCACUCACAUAACUCGGUUAGCGACGUCGCAAACUUUCAGUCACACCUACUUUAUUUUUUAAGCGGAAAACUACUCAACGGCAAUUCUUUGAAACUGCCAUGAUUUUUCUUCUCUGUGCGAAGAAAAUUCUGCAUAAAUUUUAAGGAAUGGUGUCAGUUUUUCUCCUUAAAAAAAUAACAUAGAGGCGGAGAUUUCCCGACACCGCAAACGAGAUAUGUGAUUGAGGACUUAUGCCGUCGCUUUAUUAUUUGUCACUCUCCACCCUUUCAUCAAAAUGCAAACUUCGAUUUGUGUACGGGGGUUUUCUUUCUUUUUCUCCUUUUCCCUUGUGCUGUUAUUAUUUCUUUGAAAUUCACUCAUCAGUUGUAGCAAUCAGUUACACACGAUUGGAUAUGCAACAUUGCAAAUUUCUUACAUUUGAAUUUUUCAACGGAAACUUUCGAACUUCAUUUCCUGGAAUUGUAUCUGAUUUUUCUUGUUUGUGUAUUAAACCGAAUUUUGAUUUAAAACGGAAA